AUGAACGGUGGCGCCAAUCAUUUUAUCGAAGAUAACGGAAACGGAAGCGACUCUGAUGCGAAUUCCGAUGACGCGACGGAAUACUACCAGCCGAUCUCCGCCGUGGACGACGACGAGAGCUCCAAUGGUGGCGAGUUUAGGCAGCUGCCGAACGGAUUCUCCGUGCACAGCGUGACGGAGAACGGGAUCUCGUCUCUGGAUCUGAACGACGUCGUAGACAAGAGCAGCAGCGACGAAGAGGAGGAAGAGGACGAGAAAAGCGAAGAGGAGUUCGAUAGGGCAGUGAGAGAAGACGAUAACCGUCGGAACGCGCCACUCACGACGGAGAACGCGACGAGAGUGAUGGAGGCGAUGCGCGGAGUGUCGUUCGCCGGAGUGGUUCCGGAUUGGGCAGCUCGAGAUCCCGAUGAUCGCUGGAUUGAUCAGCUUCGUAGAUUGAGAAGAUCGCCAAACACUUGA